UGUUCGUUCAUUCAUCGUCAAGGAUGGCUCGUACUAAGCAGACGGCCCGAAAAUCUACCGGUGGUAAGGCACCGCGCAAGCAGCUCGCCACCAAGGCGGCUCGCAAGAGCGCUCCUGCCACGGGAGGAGUGAAGAAACCUCAUCGUUACAGACCCGGUACGGUCGCCCUUCGUGAGAUCCGUCGUUACCAGAAGAGCACUGAGCUUCUGAUCCGCAAACUGCCAUUCCAGCGUCUCGUUCGUGAGAUCGCUCAAGACUUCAAGACCGAUCUCCGUUUCCAGAGUUCCGCCGUAAUGGCCCUGCAGGAAGCAAGCGAAGCUUAUCUCGUCGGUCUCUUCGAAGACACGAACCUGUGCGCUAUCCACGCUAAGCGUGUGACGAUCAUGCCUAAGGAUAUUCAAUUGGCGCGCAGGAUCCGAGGAGAACCGUGCGUGUUCGUUCAUUCAUCGUCAAGGAUGGCUCGUACUAAGCAGACGGCCCGAAAAUCUACCGGUGGUAAGGCACCGCGCAAGCAGCUCGCCACCAAGGCGGCUCGCAAGAGCGCUCCUGCCACGGGAGGAGUGAAGAAACCUCAUCGUUACAGACCCGGUACGGUCGCCCUUCGUGAGAUCCGUCGUUACCAGAAGAGCACUGAGCUUCUGAUCCGCAAACUGCCAUUCCAGCGUCUCGUUCGUGAGAUCGCUCAAGACUUCAAGACCGAUCUCCGUUUCCAGAGUUCCGCCGUAAUGGCCCUGCAGGAAGCAAGCGAAGCUUAUCUCGUCGGUCUCUUCGAAGACACGAACCUGUGCGCUAUCCACGCUAAGCGUGUGACGAUCAUGCCUAAGGAUAUUCAAUUGGCGCGCAGGAUCCGAGGAGAACGUGCCUAAUUGCGUCUGCGUCGUCGUCGUCGCA